CGGUAGUCCGCGGGGGCACGGCCCGCCCCUCACCUGGCCGGCCGCGGGCGCCGAGGGGCCCAAUGGGAGCCGCGGCCUGGCCGCCCCGCCCCGCGCUCCGGGACGUCUGUGCCGGGACCAGGCCGCCGGCGGUGCCGGGUCUCUGAGCUGAGCGCCUGCAGGCCGGGGUCAACCGCCGCCGUCAACCGUCCGCGCGGGCCGGGCCUGGGGCGCCGCCGGCUCGGCGAAGAGCGGCAGCCGCGGCGGAGAAGGAGGAGGACGCAGCGCAGGAGGCGGGAGCGGCCGCCGCGCCCGGGCACAUGGCGUCCAUCUUACUGAGGAGCUGCCGCGGCCGGGCGCCCGCCCGCCUCCGGCCGUCGCCUCGGGCCACCGCCCCGCGGGGUAGUCCAGGGGAUCCUGCUCAUCUCAGCUGUGCCAGCACCCUGGGGUUGCGGAGCUGCCUGACCGUUCCCUUGAGCUGCUGUGCUCCCAUCCACCCCGCGUACCCAUACUUCAAAGGCGAUCACCUCGGCUGUCGGACUGUGAGGCCCGAGUGUCUUCGCACAGUGUCGAGAGCGCCAUGGACCUCCACCUCUGUGGGUUUUGUGGUUGUGGGACCUCAGUGCCUUCCUGUGCGCGGCUGGCACUCUUCGCGUCCUGUCAGCGAUGACUCGUUAGUAGAGAAGUCCCUCAAGUCCUUGAAGGACAAGCACAAGAAGCUGGAGGAAGGCGGCCCUGUGUACAGCCCCCCCGCAGAGGUGGCGGUGAAGAGGCCCCUCGGGCAGAGGGUGCUGGACGAGCUGAAGCACUACUACCAUGGCUUCCGCCUGCUGUGGAUCGACACCAAGAUUGCGGCACGCAUGCUCUGGCGCAUCCUCAACGGUCACACCCUGACCCGCCGGGAGCGCAGGCAGUUUCUCCGGAUCUGCGCUGACCUCUUCCGCCUGGUGCCGUUUCUCGUGUUUGUGGUGGUGCCCUUCAUGGAGUUCCUGCUGCCUGUGGCCGUGAAGCUCUUCCCCAACAUGUUGCCCUCCACAUUUGAGACCCAGUCCAUCAAGGAGGAGAGGCUGAAGAAGGAGCUUCGGGUCAAGCUGGAGUUGGCCAAGUUCCUCCAGGACACCAUCGAGGAGAUGGCGCUGAAGAACAAGGCGGCCAAGGGCAGUGCCACCAAAGACUUCUCCGUGUUUUUCCAGAAGAUCCGGGAGACAGGGGAGAGGCCCAGCAACGAGGAAAUCAUGCGUUUUUCCAAGUUAUUUGAGGACGAGCUGACCCUGGACAACCUGACGCGGCCGCAGCUGGUGGCACUGUGCAAGCUGCUGGAGCUGCAGUCCAUCGGCACCAACAACUUCCUGCGCUUCCAGCUCACCAUGCGGCUGCGCUCCAUCAAGGCCGACGACAAGCUGAUUGCUGAGGAAGGGGUGGACACCCUGAAUGUCAAGGAGCUGCAGGCGGCGUGUCGGGCACGAGGCAUGCGGGCCCUGGGCGUCACGGAAGACCGCCUUCGGGGCCAGCUGAAGCAGUGGCUGGACCUGCACCUGCAUCAGGAGAUCCCCACGUCUCUGCUCAUCCUGUCCCGGGCCAUGUACCUCCCGGACACCCUCUCGCCAGCCGACCAGCUCAAGUCCACACUGCAGACCCUCCCGGAGAUUGUGGCAAAGGAAGCACAGGUGAAAGCAGCCGAGGUGGAGGGCGAGCAGGUGGACAACAAGGCCAAGCUGGAGGCCACUCUGCAGGAGGAGGCAGCCAUCCAGCAGGAGCACCUGGAGAAGGAGCUGCAGAGGCGCUCGGAGGCAGCGAAGGAUAUUGAGCUCAAAGGUGUGGAAGCUGCUCCCCAAAGGGCAGGGGCCGAGCCACAGCCAGAAGUGCCCGACACAGUCCUGCAGUCAGAGACCCUGAAGGACACAGCCCCCGUGCUGGAGGGCUUGAAGGCAAGGGACAGCCGCCCAGACUCAGCCCAGGAACAGAACAGAAACACCCACUGA